AUGGAACAAGUUUGUUUGUUAUUCUGUACACUAGUGAUAUUUGGGUACACAGUUUCUACGAAUGAAGGUGGUCUGCUAGAUCCAUUCAAAAACAUUUUUGCUCAGAAUUCACGCGCUCAAAGCAGACCAGAUCCACUGCUUGAACAGCUGAUAGCACCUUACCAAGAUAAUAAUCAACCUAUUGAUAAUAUUGACUUCGAUCCCAACAAUCCUGGACAACCAAACAAUGCUGGGUAUCCAACUUAUCCAAAAGGAUUUGAUGAGAUUUUUCAAGCUCAUCCCAGUGCAGCUCACCCAGUACCAUUUAAAUCGAAAGAAACAAUAAAUGGCCCAAUUAGGAAAAAGGCUAAGGAAAAACCAAAAGCUCCAGAGAAACCAAAAGAAAAAAAACCUGCUCUAGAGAAAGCAAAGCCUUGCCCAGACCCGGAACCGCCAAAGCCUUGUCCUUGUGGAAAAGUGAAAAGUCCAGAUCCAUGUAAGUGUCCAGAAGGUGAGCCUAAAUGUCCUGAACCAGCACCUAAAAGUCCAGAACCACCGCCUAAAUGUACAGAUCCAGUACCGAAAUGCCCAGAACUAGGGCCUAAAUACCAAGAACUGGCGCCUAAACCGGAACCGGAGUGUAAGUGUCCAGAACCUCCUAAACCCCCAGAACCUGCUCCUAAAUGUCCAGAACCGGCUCCAAAAGAAUGUUCCGACUGUCCGAAGAAACCUAGCAGUCAAAUUAAUUUCGUAUCACCAUACAACGAUUUAAACAAUAAUCGAAGAAUACCUUCUGACCGCGCCAAUAAUGCAAGAUUCCCUCAGGCCCAUCUAUAUCCUGAAAAGUCAAGUCAGACAAAAUUUAAUUACGAUAAACAAAAUCAAUACAGAUUUCCUUCAAUAAAACCACAUCAAGCAAGAAUACCUCCUCUGAAACCAUAUCAAACAAGGCUGUCUGCUGCUGGUCAAUUUCAUCCAAAGCAGCUUAUGGACAUGCGUCCAUAUAGUUCAAAACAAGCUCCUGAGAGUCCAUACGGCUUAAAAUCAUCUGCAGAAAAUCAAUUUAGUUUAAAACAAGCUUCUGAUAGGUUGUACAAUUCAAAACUACAACAAUUACAAGAACAAUUAAAGUCUAAAUCAUCCUCUGAUGGGUCGAAUAAACUUAAAUCACCUUCAGAAAAACAACAUUAUGAAGUAACGUCUAAAUUAACUCAAAACAACCCAAACCAACUUUCCAACAAUCCGAAAAAAACAAAACCACCAGUUGAAAAUCAAUAUAAUACAAAAAAAAUUGCUGAAGAUCCGUUUAAGUCUAAACUACCGACAGAUAACCAAUAUCAAAGAAAAUUUUCUGACGAUUCUGUUAGGUCAAAGUCACCAGUAGAAAAUCAAUACAACACUAAACAGCUUUCUGAUGAUCCCUAUAAAAUAAAGCUACCGUCAGAAAAUCAAUAUAACUCGAAACAACUCUCUGAAGAUCCUUAUAAUUCAAAAUUACCCAUAGAAAAUCAAAACAACUUAAAACAGCCUUCUGAUCCUUUACCAACAGAAAAUCAAUGUAACUCGAAACAACUUUCUGAAGGUAAUUCAAAAAUACCCUCGGAAGAACAAUUUACUGCAAAACGACCUGAAGAAGAACAACCUCCUUCCGAUCAAAAAGUAUCUUCUGAAGAUCAAUAUAACUCGAAGAAGACUGUAGAAGAUUCGUAUGAACCAAAAUUACUUCCAAAAAAUCAAUUUGAUUCCAAAGUCCCUUCCAAUAGUCCUUUACGACUAAAACAACUACCAGUAAAUGGACAAUAUCAGUCGAUUCCCGCCGCGCCGUUGAAUUUAGCACUGCCUUAUAGUCAACCAAGUAACUCACCUUCGGAUGAUAGCUAUUCAAAACUACCUGCUGAUAUUCCGAACAACCUUGAUUUACCUUCUGACGAUUUAAGUAAUUCAAAAUUGCCUCCAGAUAAUUCUAAUCAUUAUGAGAACCCUUCCGACGACAUUUCAAGAAUUUCUUCCAAUAGACUAAGUAAGUUUAGAAUACCCGCAGAAAAUCCAAAUAUUGUAAAAUUUCCUAUAGAGGGAAUAGAGUCUUCAAGGUAUUCUGUGGUAGAUCCUAAUAAUCCUUUCAGUUUGGAUAUCGACGAUAAUUUCGAUAAUAACAGGUGGUGGCCCGAAGAAGCCACAAAGGUCCAAGAAAGCAUUACUACAUUGAAACCAGCACCAAACAAACAUGACAAGAAAAUUGAUUAUGACGAAAUUGUAGCGCAGAAGUUCCCUCAAGCAGUGAAGUUGUUAGAAGAAUUACGAAAACUAAACAAAUUGAAGGAACAAAGAAAGGAAAAUAAUUACGACGAUGUGUAUUAUGAAUAUACUGAGUUACCUCAGAUAUUAUCAAGUACGGUUUUUCCAACCGCUAAAUCUUACAACAACGAUGAGAUUAAUGAACUUCUGAAGCCUGAAGCUCUUGAUAUGAGGUUUACAACUGAACAAAAUGUUGUGACCGAUAAGUUAAUAAUGAGGAAACUCACAAAAAGAAGGUUUUAUUACGAAGCUAAACCUGUGACACCCGAAACUGAGAAGGCCAGCGUUAACGAAACUGUUUACUAUAUUGACUUAUAA